AAUGAAGGUGGAAUAUUGGGAUUUGAGGAAUACUUAGCCAAUGGUAACGACUCGAAACGCCAAACGAGCUUCUUCAAGUGCUUGCUCAAGAAAUGUGGAGAACUUAGACCCAAAAACAAACAAUAGUUCAAAUUUUUGUCCCUAUACAAAGAGAAAUGUUGUGAAAGAGCCUGUGAAACGACGAAAGAGAAUAACAAGAACUCCUUUAAGCGAAAAUGUUUUCAUAGAAGGAGAAAGUGGCAAAAUAGAAGAAAGGCGUUCAAUAGAUGACGAAGAGAAAGGAACAAAGAAAGGCGGAGAGUUUGUUGAGAAGCAUUUGAAGGAUGCCGUACCGUUACUAGAACCUCAGUCUUUGCCUAUUUGGGACCCUGUGGAUAAUUGGUUUGACGAAACAAAAACUUCCAACGUGAAGAAGACUUUUUCUCGAAAACAAAACUUGCUACGAUAGUGAAAGUAGAUUUCUCAAGGACUUGGAAAACUACCACAAAAGAACAGUUUUUCUAAAAUUUUUGUUACUACACGAAGCCCAACAGUAUAAAUACAAUAAAAUUCUUUCAUAAUUGACUCUAUUGCAAGUAGAAAAGUGGAAAACGAAUGCUUUCAACCAAUCCCAAGGAACAGUAUUGACUCUUUUUACCGUGCUAAUAAUAGGUCUGUACAUAUAAAAGCUUUACUACAUCUGUUCCAUAUCCUCUAUCGUUCGCUCUGCGGGAGUCUUGAGACGCUGCCUAUGUCUUUCACAAAGUUGUUUGUAGUUUUCUUGAAACACAUCAGACUUCCACCAAUUUCGAGACUUCAAAGGAGAGCUCCACAUGAAACGCACCAAUUCACUUUGCUCGUAGCGUCUAUAGAUUCUAUCUUUGGCUUCUUGAUCCGCCUCUUCUUCUGUGGGAGCUCGUAUUUUUUCUAUUAGCUUGCUUAUCAAGUCGAAUAAAACCAUUCUGGGGCUUUCCUUUUGAAGGGCAAAACAAACGAUAAUCGAUUUUGAUGAAUUUGAAGCACCCUCAAAAUAAAAGGUUGAGGAUAUGU